GGAAAAGCGAAAAGGACUAGAAAAUUUGCUGAAGCCAAACGAUUAUUGAAUCCCAAGGAUUCAAGAUUACCACAAGUAGCUUCGUCAUUAUUCUUUCGUUAUAAUACAGCUUUAGGACCACCCUAUCAUGUUUUGGUUGACACGAAUUUUAUUAAUUUUUCGAUUCAAAAUAAACUGGAACUUGUUCAAGCCAUGAUGGAUUGUCUUUACGCUAAAAAAUUAGAAAAAUUGGGUCCAAAAUAUAGGAUAGCUCUCCGAAUCGCUCGAGAUCCUAGAUUUGAAAGAUUACCAUGUACUCAUAAAGGAACUUACGCUGAUGAUUGUUUGGUUCAAAGAGUGAUGCAGCAUAAAUGUUAUAUUGUAGCAACUUGUGAUAGAGAUUUAAAACGUCGCAUACGAAAAAUACCAGGUAUCCCAAUAAUGUAUAUUUCAAAGAGAAAAUAUACAAUUGAAAGAUUACCUGAGGCCUAUGGUGCACCUGCGUGA